AUGCCCACAAAUCUCCUCCUCCUACUCUUGCUAUCGUUCUUGAUCUUGCCCGCGGCGGCCACCGAGAAUGUCAAUCUUGAAUUCCCAUUCUUCACAUUCUCAAACCUGACCCUCCUCGGAGACUCCUAUCUCCAAAACGGCGUCGUCGGCCUCACCCGGGAGCUCCACCUGCCUUCCUCCAGCUCCGGCUCCGCCGUCUACACCAACCCCAUCACCCUCUUCGACCCCGACUCCGGCGCCAUCGCCUCCUUCUCCACCAAGUUCUCCUUCUCCAUCGACAACAACGACCCCUCCUCCUUCGGCGACGGCCUCGCCUUCUUCCUCUCCCCCAACAACCACACCCACGGCGGCUACUUGGGCCUCGUCAACUCCUCCAAGCUCACCAAGAACAGGUUUCUUGCCGUCGAAUUCGACACCAAGAUGGACCUCGCCUUCGACGAUCCCGACGACAACCAUGUCGGCUUCGACAUUGACAGCCUUGUCUCCAUCAAGACCGCCAAUCCAAUCUCCCGCGCCAUUAAUUUGAAGAGCGGGAAUCUCAUCACCGCCUGGAUUGAUUACCACAAUGACCAGAAGAAGGUUGACGUUUUCUUGAGCUAUUCCAGCUUCAAGCCCGGAGACCCUCUCUUAUCCGUCGGAAUCGAUCUCGCCGAUUAUCUUAAGGACUUCAUGUUCGUCGGCUUUUCUGCUUCCACCAACAGAAGCACCGAGCAGCAUUUCGUGCAGAACUGGAUCUUUCAGACCGCCGGCCUUCGCCGCGUCAGGACAAGAACUCAUCCUUACAAUGUAUCCGAUAGUUCUGUGUCUUUGAAGACCCCUGCUCCAUAUUAUGGCUCGUCAUGGGACCGGAGACAUCAUCGGAUUGUUCGAUUCGGCUUCAGGAUCGGCGUUCCAACCUUGUUUUCUGCCGUCGUCGUUGUGCUCGGUUGGCUCGCCAUAGUUAAGUUGAAGGCCAUCAAAUCGAAGAGGGCUUUGGAGGCGGAGCUCGUCACAGGGCCAAGGCAUUUUACUUACAAAGAACUGAAGGCUGCAACUGAAGGAUUCCAUCCUAGCAGAAUUCUUGGCCAUGGAGCAUUCGGCACUGUCUACAAGGCGUUCUCCCUUGAAAUGGGAAUCAUAUCUGCUGUGAAGAAGUCGAAGCAUUCCCACCAGGGGAAAGCUGAGUUCCUCGCGGAGUUAUCGAUCAUAGCUUACCUGAGGCACAAGAAUUUGGUACAGCUUCAAGGAUGGUGUGCUGAGAAGGGUGAAUUGUUGCUCGUCUAUGAGUUUAUGCCGAAUGGGAGCCUCGACAAGGUGCUGUACCCGGAUCCUGAAACUGAGGCUGGCAAUCCCUUGAAAUGGCCUUACAGAUACAACAUUGCGGUCGGGCUGGCAUCUGCCCUGUCUUACCUGCAUCAAGAAUGUGAGCAGCAAGUAAUUCAUAGAGAUGUUAAAGCUAGUAACAUAAUGCUGGAUGGAAGCUACAACCCCAAGCUAGGUGAUUUUGGACUUGCACGGCUCAUGGAUCACGGCCAGAGCCCUGUUUCUACUCUCACGGCAGGAACCAUGGGAUAUCUCGCCCCUGAGUACCUUCAGUUUGGCAAAGCCACCGAGAAAACUGAUGUGUUCAGCUAUGGUGUGGUCAUACUGGAACUGGCCUGUGGGAGGAGGCCCAUCGAGAGAGAAGGCGACACUCAGAGAAUGGUGAACUUGGUGGACUGGGUGUGGAAGCUGUACACUGAAGGGAAUCUGAUGGCUGCAGCUGACCCACGGAUGGAAGGUGAGUUCGACGAGGCGGGGAUGAAGAAAAUGCUGCUUGUAGGGCUGAGCUGCGCCAAUCCGGACAGUGCGGAGAGGCCAUCGAUGAGGAGAGUGUUCCAGAUUCUCAAUGAUGAGGCGGAGCUAGUGCUCGUGCCCAAGGUGAAGCCGAGACUUAGCUUCUCCGAUAGUGUUCCCAUCAGCAUCAGUGACAUUGUUUCGGAGUUUGAGGCUGAUUUGGUGACAACCUGACCUGCAAAACAUUCAGCUUCAGAUUAUAGUUAAAUGAACUGAUGGAAUUGA